GUUUAAAGAUUGCUCAGUGAACAUUUCAAGAAGCCGCUCCCAGAGCCCAAGUGUGCUGCCCUGGGGGUGGGGGUGGGGGUCCGGAGACCUCCACGCUGUAUCCGAGGGGUCUACCCAAGUGCUGCUCCGCCCAGCUACCGUUCGGUCUGCCUAUCCCGGCGGCCACCGCCUCCCGCCCUCCCCGCCCCCCCGCGGCACUGCGGCAAACUCAGUCCUCCGCAGAGCGCACUGCGGUAGGACUCGGCUGGCUCGGCUCCUGUGUGCGCCAUGGCUCUGGGCCUGCGUGACCUCCAGCGGCGCGGCCUCUGGCUGCUCCUGGCCCAUCACAUCUUCCUGGUCACCGCCUGCAAGGAAGCCCAAUCCGGUGUCCUCAUGCAGGAGAUUUGCCUCUCCCGGUUCAAGAUGAGGAUGGACGCCAUUGGGGAGAGGCUGUGGUGCCACUGGGGCAAGACUAUCAGGUCCAGAACUCACCGGACAGACCCUGUGGGAUUCAGCUCCCUACUUGGAGCUCGCAGCCCCUCCCUGUGGGGCUCAGGCCAGGGUGGGGUGGGGCACGCCCAGGGCCACCCCUUCCAUCUGCAGGUCCAUGAGGCCAGGCACUAUGACGGCUUAGCCCCAGUGUAUCCUCUUCUCUCACUGAGGGGGUGGACACGAGCCCUGUCUUUCUCCUCCCAGGAGCCACGUCCUCCUGCAGGCAGAGCUCAGGGCCCCUGAGAGGAUACAACUGACCAAGGAGCCCCCUUCCACCUCGCACCUGGGGUGCCCGCAGCGGGAUCUCCUCCCCUGCCAUACUCAAGGCUGCUUCAAGGCUUCAGGGUCUCAUUUUCCAGGCUGAGAAAGGAAUCAAGAGUUAGAAUCUGAGGGGUGAGAGCUUGUUACAAAUGAGAACAGCCUGUUCUUUAGGCUAAUUGGCCUUCUGCCUUGGCUGAGUAAUCUGUACUUAAACUGAGCUCACAUCUGAUUAUGAUCGGCGAAGGCACCUCCCGGAGGGCCCUGGGAAAGCACCCUCCACCUGCUUUCUGUGGACAAUCGCUGAUUGGCGUGGAUGGAUUGCCCCAUGAGGCCUGGGGAGGGCAGCUGGCAGCACAGGCCACACUCUGAAGGAAGUGAGGUUAUGUCUUGGGGCAAAGAGCACUUGCCCCCGUUAGAGCCCUAUGGUGGCAACACAGCUGGUAACAGGAUGGGGAGA